UAUAUAGAAUGAUUGGAAUUUCUUAACUCAACAACUUGACCAUGACCAGCGGAAGGUCAAAUAAUAAAUUGAUCAGAAAUUAGUUUCACUUUCUUGAAUAACGACAAGAAGUUAUAUUAUGUACUCAGUAGUCAGUAGACAUUCGUAUAGUCUAUCAUUAAUUAUUCGUCUAAAACAGAUGUAUAAAACAUGAUCAUUUAAAUGUUCUAUAUUAUUAUUUCGACUGCAUUGAACUACAAUACAAAUCAGGCGAUUAACAAAGUAGGUACGUUUAAUUUAUUUAUUAUUACAAUUAAAAUUUCAUAAUGAUAAACUGAUAACAAAUUAAAAUGUUUUAAUAAAGUAUAAACUACUGAACUAGCAAAAUAGUUUUUACAUGAAAAUUAAAUAAGGUAGAUAUAUAGUAAAUUAUAAUAUAUGUACAGUGUGACCACAAAAACAAGGCACACUUUAUAACUGUGUACUUUAUCGAUAUUUUUUAAUUCGGUUUUCGGAAUAUGGAAUUAGACUACUGUGCCAUUAAUCUGUCUGACAUACGAUUUUUUUUAACUAACGUAUUCUGAGAAUGGGCAACAAAAAUUUUUUUUUUUUUUUUUUGAAUGAGAACCUCAAUAUUUAAAACCAAAUUCGGAUUUGACGAUUUUUUUCAAGACACAGUGAUACAUUAUCAACUUGAAUUCUAGACUGACUCAAUAAGAGCUAUUUGAAAUUUUAAAAAAAAUAUAUUAGUUUCAUGUUUAAUUGAAAUUUGAAAUUUUAGAUUCCGAGCGUAGCAAAGGAGCUAUUAGUUUUACAAUGUUGUUUAUUUCUUUCUUUCUUUCUUUCUUUCUUUUUCUUCUUCUAGUCUGUGGAUACGUUUUUUUCUAGUAAACUUACUCCGAUGAUUUUUACGUGUAGCAACUUUUCUAAAAGCUCAAAUUAUCUAAAUGGUACUUUAAAGAGGUUAUUUUUUGAUUUUCGACUACAUUUUUUAAAUAAAAUCACUCAAAUGGGAAAACGUACGAUUUCACGAAAUCAUUAUUUUAUAAAAACACGGACAAUGUUUUCUACCAGAAAAAAUGAUUUAAUCGAAAAAUCAUAAGAUACCUUUUUCGUUGCCUUUUUGAUUUUCUUUCUUACGGUAUCAUUGCCAAAACUUUUAAGCCAUUUUUGAGCUUUUAAGGAAUUUUAAUUUUUGAGAGUUUUUUGCUUUAAUUCAGUUAUAAAUACACGUAGAUAUGAGAAACUUGGUAAUAAUACUUAUAUAUAUAUACUUAAUAUUGGACUUACCUAGACGUAGUAAAAUUUCCAAAACUUUUUUUUUUAAUAAACGUUUUGAUGAAAUCAAAUUUAAACGAAAAUCGCAAAAAAAAUACGGCACUUCAAAUUAUGUAUUACUGAACUGCGCUCGGUAUCGUCUUUCGUCAAGCAAUGGUUUAUCGUUAUCGCUUACAGAUAUAAAUUAAAUAACCUUAUGUAUCCUACCUAUCCAACUUCUCACCUACAACAGUGGCCUCUCACACCUCCAGUAUUAGCUCUUUUUUUUUUAUUUUUCGUAAUUUUUAAUUUUAAAUACCACAACAUAAUCACAAGUCAUCAAUUUGACUUGAAUUAUUAAUAUAAUAGGUUUCGUACUUUAAUAAGGAUAAUUACAAUGGUUUUCGGUUUGUACGCACUCCGAAUCUUUUAAACUUCAUUGCCUAUCUAUAUAUUAAACAGCAAAACCUUGAAGGUAUUAUAGGUAUUGAGAUUGGACUUUUUAACGUCUUCAAUAGACCGAUAUAAUUAUUAUUGUGUUUCUAGAUUAGCGCACAAGUUAAAUUUGGUUUAAAUUAAUUUAAAAACAAGAAUUGUAAUAGCAUUCGAUAGUUUUUAUUCCUGCGAACUGCGUAAAAGUAAUUGAAUCUGCCUUAUAAAAUUAUGUAAACAAAUUGUGUAACGUUUUAUGCAUAUGAACGUUGUGAAAUCCGACUUAUUUGCACGCGUUAACAACGUUGGCACCCAUUUUCGUACGGAAUCGUAUAUAUUUACGAAAGUCGAUAUUAUGCGAUAGUCAUACUCAGUGGCGUAUUUUGCUUAUUGUCACCCUAAACUUAUUAUUUUUCCCGAUCAAUUCGAAACUGUAAUUUUUAUCCACUGUUCAACGCAAUUUUUUUUUUAUUAUUUUAUUUAAUAUUGUUUUUACCAGCGAAAAUUAAAACGAUUUCUUUCAAACAAGUUUACUACCCCGAAAUCUACCACCGACAUUUUUACUUAGUGCUUCAGCCGGCUUAGUCUGAAGUUAAAUACACCACUGCAGGUAUACGUACUCACAUAAAUUGUAGUAAAAUAAUUUGGUGCUUGUAGGACCCUGUUUUCAAUACAAAGUGUAUUUUUUUAAGAGGUGAUCGAAGACAAUACUUUUCAAUUAGGUAAUAGGUUCAUAAUUAUAAAUGGUUCAAACCAUUUCGUAUACAAACGAGCAGUAUAUAUAUAUACUUAUUAUUAAAAACCAACCUAUAUAAUGGACUUUACAAUGUAUGUGAUGCUUAUUACAGGUACAGUUAUUAGGUUCAUCACGUCCUGAUUUUAUUAUAAAAACGUCGGACGGUCGCAUAUUUAACCGGGUUAAAUAUGAUGCCGGUGAUGAUAAAAUUGGCUGUCUUAUUCGUUUGGACGGCAUCCACGGCCGUAACGAUUAAAAUCUACGAUAACAAUACGGAAGAGAUUACACAAGACAAUGCAGGCUUAUUGGUCUCCUACAACAACAAAUCGGUAAGUGUCUAAAACAAUACUGCAGAAAUACGCAGAUUACACUAUUAUACUCUGUAUAAUUAGAAGUUAUAUCACACAGGCAUUAUGUCACCAAAAAAAAUACCUACUUAUUACCUUAAUAUCUUAGGUAAGGUAUAUCUUAGCAAAAUAUUUUUUUAUAAAAAGGUAUCAGUUACAUCAAAUAUUAUUUUCCAUGAGAUCACCAUAUUUAAAUACAAUAAUUGUCUAUUCUGUAUUCGUAUACCUACACAGAAUUCAAGUUUACCGAAAAUAUUAUAUCAAAAAUGCACAAUACGUUUAUUGGAUAUAGAUAGGUAAAACUACUACAUAGAUUAUUGAGGAAGGUAUACCAGACAACUACCAAACAAACGUAAAUUGUUUGAUAACGACAAUUUAAAUGAACGUGUGUAGCUUAUAUAAAUACUACGCAUGUGGUUAUUUUUGUUAAUUAUAUAUACACUUUUUUUUUGCAAUAUUAAUUAGAUAGAUUAAUUAAAUUGACCUCUACUCUUUUUUCAUAUUUUAUCUGUCAUCUGUUUAAUAAAUCUGAAUAGCUUAACCUUAUAAAACGCACAGCUUACUCACCAUUAAAACAAUUCGACCUUAAGCAUUAAAAUUACGAGUAAUCUAGGACGUAUCUUAUUUAGUUUAUAAUCGUCUUAGUCUUCUCCUUCACCUUCAUCCCAACUAUUUUGGGUUGGCUACCCUCGUCUCAAACUUCCACUUGACCCGAUCUCCCACCUCGCAUACACCGACUGCCUUCAUAUCAUUAUCAAAUGCAUCCAACCAUCAUCUCUCCCUAUUUUCUCAUGACAUGCCCAAAUCAUCUCAGUAUAUUUUUUCUCAUUCUGUCUACUAUCGAAGCCAUUUCUAAACUACCUAACUCUUAUAUACUCAUUCCUAUCCUGUCCUAUCUCAUCUUUCUCCCAAUCUCAUCAUCCACCUAAGAAUUUUCAUCUCUGCUAUAUUAUAUUCACUAUUUUUUAUUUUUCUGUCUACCACACUACACUACGAACCAUACAACAUAUCCAUACAACAUAGCCUCAACACACUUUUGUAGAACUUACCUUCAAAUCUCAUUGGAAUUUUCUUAUCGGAUAAAACACCUGACGCUUCUCUCCAUUUUAUCCAACCGGUAACUAUGGAAAAGAUGUGCCAUUUGAUUUUAUGCUAUACUUUCCCUAAAGACUUCCGAUUACGUAUUUACGUAUGUGCAACGGACGUAAUUGGACCGACUAAGUUCUUACUUUGAUUCACUGUCUCAUGAAUGUAUCCAUAACAUUUUGCAAUAUAUAAUAGGUUUUAAAAACAAGUUUAGACCAAACACCACGGCCGAGUAACCGGUAGAUUACAGUGUAAUCAUUACACGUAACAACGUACCUCUACUACAUACCUAAUACAAUUAUCAUUUUACAUUUAAAUCAACAUAAUAUACACAAUUAUAAAUUAUACCUAAUUUAAUGUAUAAUCAAUAAAUACCUGUAUAUUAUUUUGUAUAAAGAAAACAUUUAAAUAUUAUGGUUAAUAUUCGCUAUAAUUAAAUGUAAUACAGGUAGGAAUACCUAUAACCUAUAACCAUGAUAAUGUUAAAUAAUUUGAAUGACAUACAAUUUUUAUUAUAAGUUAUAACAUUAUGACAUUAUGUAUUCAUGUAGGCAUACAUAAGUUAUUACUGCCUACCACAACAUUUAAGAUCUUACUGCUAGCUAGGAAGUAUACAUACUAGAUAAACUGAGUUUAUUUGUAGGUAUACCUAGUAAUAACUAUAAUAAUAAGUUAUACACGAGUAAGUGCCUACAUAAUGGUUGCAUCCGAGUUCCGUCCCAAUAACCUUUUUUUAUAUCAAUUCCGUCCAGAUUAAAAAAAGUGUAGGUAUAUACCAAUUCCGUCUCGAUUUAAUAUUUUCUUAUCAAUGUUAAAAUACAAAACAAAUUAAAAUAAUAUUAAAGUAUUAAUGAAUACAAAUUUAGUGCGAUAACUGAAAGCAAUAUUAUCAUUAUUUCUAAAUAAUAUAAAAUUGUUACCGUAGUAUAUUGUUCACUAUAUUUGUAUAGUGUAAAAAAUGCAAAACAGGACGGAACUCGUAUAACCAAAUAAAUAACACUGGACGAAAUUAGUAUAUCCAUUUUAAAAACCCGGGACGGAACUAGUAUAUCCUUAAAUUUAAAUUUUACAUUUGGGACGGAACUCGGAUGCAGCCUACAUAAUAAUACUCUAACAAAUUUCUAGGUUUCCUAUUAAUAGUCGAGUUUUUAAGUUUUAGAUAAAUUUAUUAUGUUUCGGUAUCUCAAAAUGCUCGAAAAUUUGGUACAGGGUAAUUAUAAGUUUUUUUUUAAACUGCAAUUUAUUUUGAGGACACGAAUCAAUACAGUUUUCAAUUUAGGUUUAUCAAAAUAUAUUUAAUCGAACAGCGUUCAGAAUCAUUUUUAAUUUUUAAUUAUUUGGUUGACAGUUGUAUUUUUUGGGAGGUUGAAUUAAAUUCCCGGGAACAUUUGCCUCCUGCCGCCCCUCGAGUAUACCUGGAUUCAACACUGAAUAUUAUAGAUAAUUACCAGGUAGGUGUACUAGACAUAUUAUGUACGGUAUAACCGUUCGUUUUUAAUGAAAUUUCUGGUAGAUAGGUACCUAGAUUAUCGAUUUUCAUCGCUGCUUAUUUUCACUAUUUUCGACCAUUUUGAUCACUAAGGCUCAUAUUAUAGUAGCAAUAAUAAGAUCUCGUUAGAUAAUUUAGCCACCAUUUUCUAAAAAUAAGUAAAUGCUCACGCAUUAUUGAAUCAGUGAUUCACGAUUGCGAAUGGUUCUUAUCUGGACAACCUUUUUUAAUAACACGUUUACGGACGAUUAUAGUUAAACAACGCACCCCGGAAACGACACGAUUGCGGAAAAAUGUUGCCAAAUUUAUAAAUAAUACAUCGGUAAUGUGUGAAUUCUGAGUUUAUUAAAUGUAGUAUUUUACAAAUAAAUUCUGUUAAAAACUGUAGUACACUGCAAUAAUAUCCAUUGAGUUAUAAUGUCAAUGUCUUAUACAAUGUAUACGUUUAUAAGUGUGUGUUAUUUUUUUUUUUUUUUUUUUUUUUUUAAUUAAAAUUAUUCUAUCAGAACGCGGUAAAGAUAAAAUCAUAAAAACUUAUUACAAUAUUUAAAAAUAAUUUGUUAUCAUUAGACAGGAAAAAAAUAUAAAUUUAAAUGUGUAUGUGGAGAGCCUGUUUUUUUUUUUUUUUUUUGAUUUUUGACUUUUAUGUACUUUUCAUGAUUUUUUUGACGUACUAAUGUUAUUGUAUUAAUACUGUGGACUUUUAUAAAUGUGUCGUGUAAAGUAAGCGCUUAUACUUAUACGCGAAUACUUUUACUUAUAUAUUUUAAUUCAUACAACAAACCUUCAACGCCUAAUUUGUUUUCCUUAUUUUUGUAAUCGAAAUAUUGUAAACGUCAAUGUUAUCAUACAUAAACUAUCAUUUAUACUAUCAUUUGUAUUUGUAUUAUUAUUAUAUUUAUUAAUAACAAUAUUGUAUAGUACACGAUUGACAAUAAACUUUACGUGAGUAGCUCAGGCAGUACCGCUCGCACCUGAGAUAUCCGUAUGUUAUGCCGACCGUAAAUUUGAUAAUCGUUGGGCCCUGUAGACUGCGUCGCAUAACUUGGCAACGUUGCAUUAAAAAUUUCGCGUGAUUUUUUUCGGGCACAAAAUAAUACAAUUUGUCGUUAGUAAUCGUCCGCAACCGUGUUGCGAAAAAUGUGAAACGUCCGCAAUCGUGUUUCAAUCGAAUGAUCAAAUCAUCUAGGUAGGCACAUACUCAUUGUAAAACGACCCGUGACGUGUUUAGACGUAAAAAAAAAAAUGUCGCAACGCAAGGACGACCAUUAGGUUUUCGUUUGCCUUGGGGCUAUCGGGUCAGCGGGUCAGUUCUCCGCGGUCCAUUCAGACGAAACACUCUGAAAACUCGGUAACGUUCGAUUGACCUACCCACAGGGAAAUUCUCUCGGUUAGGCCUACUUACGGGGGCCGUGUUACGUGCCCACGCGCUACUGAGAGUACUCUGCGCGUGAACCCGCAGUAAUCAUUGUCGGAAACGGGGAGGACCGCGGCCAAAAACCGGGGAGCUGAGCAUACGGUUCCGCGUUUUAUACACCGCGAGCGCGGAUAGGCGCGAAGCAAGGGCGACGGCACGUCCGCGAACGCGCAAUCAAAACAACAAUAUAAGAACGCCCGUUUAAUACGGAAAUGCGCGGUGUGUGGAUUGAAGAGACGGCCGUCGCGGUGGCGACGCCGGCCGGGAGGGGGGGAGGGACGAUAGCGCCGACAACCCGGAACGGGGCGAGCCGAAAGCAACAGUGAAAUGUGUCCCCUCGAAUCCGUCAAAUUGUGCGUAACAGCGCGCGCGAGGGCCGCAGUCAUGUAAUGAAAUAAUAAACGCGCGCAGACCGACGGGCGACGCUUGAGAUUCCGGGAAACGCGGAUGGCCGCACUCCGGACGACGGGUUGCGGGGUGUCGCGCGUACAACGCCGCCCCCGAACAUCGUCGGAUCGGACGAGUCCGCCGCGACCAAAUGCCAGCGACCUCGCGCCACGCGCGUUUUGGAAAAAGGUUUUACGGACUUGGUCAUAUGUUUGUGCGCGAAAUUAAAAUUCGGCCUUGGAAUAUUUUUCGACGUUUGUGGUACGAACCGUUUGGACUUGUAUUGUUUUUGCGAAUUAAAUUUAUUGGACUUGUAUUGUUUUCGCGUGGAAAACAUUAAUUGUUAAUUAGCCCAAGUCGGAGUUUGUUUUUUAUUUCGAACAUUUUUCCUCCGAGUCUCCUGUCCCUGCGUUGGGCCCGUUACAGCCGUUGUAACAAUAGGUAGAGGUAUACGUGGGAAAUCUGACAAUAAGCACCCGUGAAAAUGUAUCUGGCAUAUUAUUACGCAUUGAUAUUAGGUGUAGCUAAUUUAUAAUCGAUAAUAGGUAUUAUGUUUUAUGCAAAACCAAUUUAUUGAGAGGACGUAUUAGAUUGGGUAUGGUAGGCAUCGAGUAUAUUUCCAAAGAGAAAACAAGGUUGGUAAAUAGGUAAUAACCAUCUACUCGACAAGUAGUAUAGGGUGUGUUACAAACUAAAUAAACUCACUAGGUAGGUAGGCUGGUGGCUGUCUAAAGUAUGUACUUGCAUAAGAUUAUAUAACUGGGUAUCUACCCGCCUCCCUAAAUAAGCAUUGACUUUCUCACACCUAACUCACAUUCAUUUAAAUUUGAAAUACCUAUCUACUUACUUAUCACUCGUAUUUCAUUCGGCUUACGGACUUCAUUAUAUCCACGACAAAUAAAAAAUAUUUUGCGUGACGAUAUCAUCACAAAAGUGUCAACUAAGACACGUACGUAGGGAAGAGCGUUUCGGGUGUUUAAACCACCCGAGUAUUAAGUUUUACCUAAACUAACCUAAUCUUUCAUGUGUUUAUCAAAAAAAAAAAAAAGUACUAAUUUUCAAUAACUGAUUUUAAAAACACACACUCCCCCCCCCCAAAAAAAAAACUAUUUUCUGCGUACGUCCCUGCGUCAACUAUACUCCGAAGUAAUAUAUAGGUAAUAUUAUAUACUAUGCUUAGGUAGGUAGGUGUCUUCGUGGACGAAAUAUGGUCAAAUAUGGACAAAAUAACCUAUGGUAAUCGGUCAGAAAAGUCCGGGGACAAAAGGUCCAUGGACAAAAACUCCGGACUCGUUUUUUUAUUGUCAGACAAAAAAAUCCGAGAAACAUUUAUAAAAAUAAAAAUUAUCUCCUUAUUAUUAUUGUUAACGUUUAUCCACGAUUUAGAUAAAUCUACGUCUAAUGAAUCAAUUAUUUUUCAACCAUAUUUACACCGUAUUAAUAAAAAAAAAAAAAAAAAAAACAAUUUUUUUUUCAAUGGAUAUCAAUGUACGGUUUAUCAUAAACUUGUUUCGAGUGUUCGGUGAAAAUGUUCAAAUAAAAUUUCGAUAAAAUUGUUCGGCUAUUUUAUGGUCACCUCCGAUGGUAAAUUGAAAAUUGUUAUUAUUAUUUUUGUUGUCAUUGUAGUGAUCAAUGUUUAUAUUGACUAUUUUUCAAAACGACUUAUUUUAAAUUAUUAUUGUAAAAACGUGCUCGGACGUAUUGUCCAACUUUUUUCAAAACGUACUUUUUGCCCGUGGACCUUUUGUCCCCGGACGUUUCAUCCGGGAACCGGUACCUGUAUGAUAGAUAUAUGCGUAUGUGUAUUGCACGAUUUUUAGUUUUAUUAUACUCCUAUAUAUGUAUAGGUAAGUAUUUAUAUAGUACCCAAUUGUAAAUAUUAUAACCCAACUCGACAACAAAACGAGUACCUACCCACUUAGUUCCUGAAAAACAUUUUCAAUUCCGCAACACGUUACAAAUUACAAUACCUACCUACGUCCUUACACAUACGUAGAUUACACAUUUAUAUUGUAACAUACCCAUUAGUUUACCUCAUAUUCACAGAUAAAAUAAAAAGUCUUUAUGUGGAGCCUAUUUAUCUUUCAACAACUUGAACGGACUCGUAAUGAGUCCAGCGUCUCUCUAUCCCAAUCACGUAAACAUUUUAUAUGUUGUCUAACGAGACGACUGAAGAGUUGUACCUACUUAAGUAAACACGGUGUCAUAUUAUCAAUUGAAUAUUUUUCUUAUAAUAACAUUGAUAACACUAUAAUCAAACUGUCCAUAAUAGUGCAUAAUUAAUUUUUUUUUUCAUAUUAGUUUUUCUUUUUAAUUUUUAGUUUUUACCACUUACCAGUUAUCUUAGUGAUUAAGUAGUACUGUAUAGUAAAGAUCUCUCUCACACUUAGUUUUUAAAUUCUAAAAACCAAAAAAUUAAAAUUAACUAUUAAAACUAUAACUUGUUGAUGAUUCGUAAGGCCAUGGAUGUAAGUUUCAAAUUUAAAUAGAUGCAUACCUAUUUAGUAAUUAAUAUAUUAUUUUAUAAUAAUAAUUUAAUUGUUUAAUAAUUUACUACAUGAAGAUUACUUAAAAAACUUAAUUCAUUUUUUCGAUAAAGUUUCGAUUUUGUUGUAAUUUAAUCAAUUGGAUUCAUUUUUUAGACUAUAAUAGCAGUCAAACCAUGGGAAUCUACACACCGAUUAUCUCCUUAUAUCCGUCCUAAGCAAUAUUUUAUCAAUUUGUACCCAGAUCUUGAACAAGGUACAUUUGUUGGAUCUGUUGAUGUCACGUUAGUAUUGGACACUGCUCAAAGUUACAUUAAAUUACAUUCAAAAGGAUUGAACAUCAGUGAAACUACGUUAAAUUCAAAUCCAGUAACAGCAUUUUCUUAUCCAAAACAUGAAUUUUGGGUUGUGGUCCCUGAUAAUGAAUUAAGUGCUGGAGAACAUAAAUUACAAUUAAAAUUUAAUGGCACUUUACUAAACAAAAUAGUUGGAUUUUAUCGCAGCACAUAUACUGAUAUAGAAACCAAUGAACAACAUUUUAUAGCUACUUCUAAGUUUGAACCAACCUAUGCACGGUUUGCGUUCCCAUGUUUUGAUGAACCUCAAAUGAAAUCAAAAUUUAAAAUAAGUCUAACUCGACCAUCUGGUAAAAACUAUAUUGCGUUGUCUAAUAUGAACCAAGAGGUUAGUAUGAAAAGUUAAAUAAUUUUUAUUACACAUUCAAAAUAAAUAAGUGUUUUUUUUCUUUUUUUAGUCUGAAGAGCUCAAUGUACCCACAAAUGGAUUAACUUCUGUCCACUUUGCAAAUACUGUACCAAUGUCUACAUAUUUAGCCUGUUUCAUUGUAUGCGAUUUUCAAUCUCUAGAACCUGUUAAAGCAGAACAAGGAUUCCCAUUAACAGUUUACGCUAGGCGUGGUCAAUCUGAAAAUAUGAAGUAUGCUCAAUUUGUGGGUCUUAAGUCGAUUAACUUUUAUGUCAAAUAUUUUGGCAUUCAAUAUCCAUUACCAAAAUUAGGUACCUGUAUAUACAUUUUCAAAAUUAGAAUUAAAAAUUAAAAAAAUAUAUUUUAAUAAUUUAUUUUAUUUGAUUAUUUAGAUCUUAUAGCAAUUCCUGAUUUUGUAUCAGGUGCCAUGGAACACUGGGGUCUUGUAACAUUUCGUGAAACUAGUGUUUUAUAUAAGGAGGGUAUAAGUUCUAGUUCUAAUCAAGAGCAAGUUGCUUUAACGGUUGCUCAUGAAUUAGCACACAUGUGGUUUGGAAAUUUAGGUAUGUUAAGUUAAAUUUUUUAAAUAAAAUUUAUCUUCUAGUCUGCAAUACAAAUUGGUAAAUAACUAUUAUGUGUACUAUUAUACGGCAAUUCUCAAAGUUAUUUUUUUCAAGCCUUUUUUAAAACUAAACAAUUUUCUAUUGCCUUCCACAAAUAAUAUAAAAUAAAAUUGGUUAAUCAUUUUAAAAUAGUAAAUAUUAUGAACAAUGUGUAAAGUAAUUAUUAUAUUGUAAUAAUUAAAUGUAUCAAAAUUAUAGGAACCGACAUAGAAAUUGCUACACAAAUUUAUUUUUACACAUAUAAUUAUUACCCUCUGCACCUCUUCUAUUAAGUGCUCAUGUCUCACAAUUUGGGAACCACUGUUAUAUUAUAUUAUUGCAUAUUUAAAUUUGUUGAGUUAAUUUUCUUUUUUUAGCUACUAUGAAAUGGUGGAAUGAUUUAUGGCUCAAUGAAGGAUUUGCAUCUUAUAUGGAAUUUAAAGCUGUACAUACAGUUCACCCUGACUGGGAUGUCGUAUGUAUUUAUCUAUAUAUUUAUAUAACUAUUACAUGUGGUUUCCCUAAAAAUUGAAUUUCAUAUUUAAGGAGCCUGUUUGUAACCUUUAUUGCUCAAAACCAUACUUCACAAGAAAAACGUAUGCUUUGUAGAGUGAACUGAUUUUGAUAAUAUUUAUUUUUUGUGGAAGGAGAGACUUUACGGGGGCCCAUUGUACUUGGAUUUUGAAAAUUAUAUUUCUAAACUACUAUAACUAGAGUUUAAAUAUGAUUAAUUUUUUUUUUUUUGAUUUGGUUUAUGGUUACAUGAUCAAAAAUUGAAUCACUUUACAAAACAUUUGAUUUUUCCUGUAAAGCACGUUUUUGACCAAAAAACAGUUCUUAUGUAGACCCCUUAAUAUAAAAAUAAAAAAUAACUGAAUUGUUUGCAAAUAUCCUUAAAUAAUUAAGUAUUUUUCAACAUUACUUUUUAAUUGAUUGUUGGUUUUAUAAUUUAUUAUUUUUGUUUAGGAUACUCUGUUUCUGGUUCAUAGUCUCCAAUCAGUACAAUCUCUAGAUGAUAAACUUAGUUCCCAUGCUAUUGUACAAGAUGUUUCUCAUCCAGAUCAAAUAACUGAAAUUUUUGAUAGGAUAUCGUAUGACAAAGUAUGUUCAAUUAGUAGUUAGAAUAAUAGUAGUACAAUUUUAUUUCUCAUACAUUAUAAUAAUUAAUACAAUUUGAUUUUUUAAGGGUUCUUCUGUUAUACGUAUGCUAGAAGGAAUGUUGGGUGAAGAAGUUUUUAGAAUUGGUGUAAGUGCAUAUUUAAAACACUUUGAAUUUAAUAAUGCCGAAACAGAUGAUUUAUGGGCAGAGUUACAAAAAGCAACUCAAAAUACUAUUAAUGUUAAAAAGGUAAUAUUAUAUAGUUAUAUUCAAAAUUGAAACUCGUUUAAUUUAUUUUCAGAAAUUAAAGAAUAUUUCAACCAUGUAUUUAAAUUAAUUAGAUAAUGGAUACAUGGACUCGCCAGGCAGGUUUCCCAAUGGUAUCAGUAACACGGAAUGAAACUAAACUGACAUUAACUCAGCAAAGAUUUUUAGCAGAUUCAAAUGUUCAAUAUUCUCUUGACUCAUCACCAUAUAAAUACAAAUGGGAAAUACCAAUCACAUAUACAACUUCAGAAAAUAAUACUGUUCAUACAGUUUGGUUAACCAAAGACCAGGAUUCUAGUAAGUAUAUAGUCAUAAACCAUAGUUAAACCAUAUAGUCAUUAAUAUUAAUUUAUGUAUUUUGUUAAAGUUACGAUAGAUGCAUCUAAUGUAGAAUGGAUAAAACUAAAUCAUAGACAAGUUGGUUAUUACAUAGUAAAUUAUUCAGAAAGUGAUUGGUCUUUACUUAGCAAUUUAUUAGAAAAUAAUAUCAAUGUAAGUAUUUUGAACAAUUUUUUUCAAACAUAAUUUGAUUUAUUUUUAUAAUCCAAAUUUUCAACUUGAAGGCACUCAACGCUGCUGACCGUUCCAAUCUUAUUCAUGAUGCCUUCAGUUUGGCUGAAGCAGGUUACCUAACAUAUGGCACUGCAUUGAACAUGACAAAAUAUUUAGUUUUUGAACAGCACUAUGUUCCAUGGGUCGUAGCUACUUCUAAAUUAAUUUCAAUUAGGACAUACUUAUAUAAUCGGACAGCACAUCAAAAUUUUGAAGUAAGUCUAAUAAAACAGCUAUUAUGUGUGUUGAAUAACUAUUCAUUUUUAUUUUAAAGAACUAUGUGCAUCAUUUAUUGGGAAGUUUAAAAGAAGAUUUUUGGAGUGAUUCAAAUGAUAGAACAUUUUUACAGCGUAAACUUCGUGGAGUAAUACUUAGUUUAGGUUGUUUAUGUGGUUUACCCACUUAUCAAACAAAAGUAUACGAAAUGUUUCAAAAGUUUUUGAACGAUAAAAUCAAACCAAAUCCAGAUAUUAGGCAUAUAGUUUAUUACUAUGGUUAGUAGAGUUUUGUUUAAACUGAUAAUAAUUAACCUUUAGGUAUCUUUUACAAAAUUUAACAAAUAAAACAUUUAAACGUGAGGUUUAUACAAUUUAAUCUCAUCGCAAAUUAUAAUAUUUAUAUUGGCUCGUAUUUACUUCAAAAUUAUUAUUAUUGAAAAUAAUUAUGUUUAUUAAUAUUAUUCAAUUUUUUUUUUUUUUUUUUUAGGAAUUUUACAAGGUAAUCUUAGUGAUUGGAAUCAACUAUGGAAUUUAUUCAUACUUGAGCAAGAACCUCAAGAAAAACAAAAACUUAUGAGAGCAUUGACUGCUUCAAAAGAAAAAUUAAUAUUAUCUAAGUAAUAUUUCCAUUUGAUUUUAUUUGGUGAAAUAAUAUCAAGCUUAAUUUAAAUCUAUUUUAGACUAUUGCAGCUUGCAAAAAAUGAAAGUUAUGUACGAUCACAAGAUUAUUUCACCAUAAUAUCACAGAUUAGUCAAAAUCCCAUUGGAACUUCAUUAGUUUGGAACUUUUUGAGGUAUAUAUACAUACACAAUGAUUAUAAAUCAAACUUUAAUGAUUUAUAAUAUAUCCAAUGUUUAUUUGUAUUUUUAGGGAUGAAUGGCAGUAUUUAGUAGACAGAUUCACCUUGAAUGAUCGUGCAUUUGGCAGGCUUAUUUCUACAGUAUGUUCAGAUUUCAACACACUGGAACAUCUUGAGGAAGUAAGUAUCAUUUAUCAAUUUAAAUCCAUUUGAUAAUUUUAUUAAAACAUCUAUGUUGAUACUAAGUUACUUUGUAUAAUUCUAAUAUGCCUAAAGGCAGAUCUACCCAUUAUGAAAUAUGACAUGCAGCAUACACAAAAAAGUGAUAGUGAAUAGACAUUAUAAGUAAGGAAAUAUUAAGAUCUAUACUCUCAGCACACACAUUAAACUAUGAGUUGACACCAGUAAAAUCAAAUACACUAAAUAUAAUGGGGUUGUUUGUGCCACAUAAUAUUUGAAAACAUGACAUGUAACUCAAAAAUGCUGUGUAGUCAGUCUUGAAAAAAUAGUUUUUAAAUUGUAUUUAAACAUAAAUACAUCUAUUCAGAAAUGUAUUUUCAAAUAUUUUUGAAAUAAUUUAAAAAAAGGUAUUUAAGAACAAAUUUAAACACUCCGCAUGUACUUAAAUACUUCCCAAAUACUUUUUUAAUUUGACUUUAGAGUUGAUUCAAGUAGGUUUGCAAAAUUAAUUUUGAAAUUUCUAUUAUAAAAUUCAAUAUUUAAGUAUCUAUUAUUAGAACUUUACACCACCUACUUCAUUUUAUACUGAAAAAUAAAAAUAAAUAAAAUUAACUAUAUUUUUAAUGACAAACAAAUGUUGUGAAACAGGAAUUAUACAUUUAUUGUGCCAUAAUUAUUCCCAACAUUUUAUUUUGUAUUGCACUUAAGCAGCAUGGAUUUUUCAGUGUUAAUAUUAAAAUGUUUGUUAUAAACCUGGUAGUUUAAUUUCUGUCUCAUGUAUUACUACAUUUUUAAUUUGCAUUUGUCUGAUUUUGUUCUCUUCAGAGGAAAACGACAUCACAGAAUAUAAAUUAUAAUGUAUUUUAUUACUUUAAAUAUUAACUAACAAAAUUAAAUUUUUAGUUCUUGAAUUAAGAAAAGUAUUUACAUGAGAGUAUUUAAAAUUUAAAUACAAAUACGUUCAAGAUAUUAUUUAAAUAAAUCUAUUUAUAUACUUUAUAAGACUGUGUAUAGUAUAGUAUAAUAAAGGAUGUUCAACUAAAUCAUGUAAUUCUUUUUAAAAUGUACAAAUAAAAUUAAAAUAGAGUUUCAUAUGAAACUUCAAUGUAAGCAUAUUAAUGAUUUAAAAAUUGUAUAUUUAUAUGAGAUAAUUGAGGCAACUUUUUUAAUCAAUACACUUGCUACUUUUAAAAGAAAUCUGUGAUUGUAAACACUUUAAAUACAAUUACAGUGAAUACAAAUGAUCAGUAUGAUUUAACACAGCUUAGAAACUUAAUAAUAUUUUAUUCAAUAUUGUGGGUGUACUACAAAGUAUAACCAUCACAGUAUUAUAUUUUCAUAUGAAAUAUUUUUGUUUUAUCAAACAUUAUCUGAAAGAUAUCUUCUAAUACUGAAUAUCCUUAUUUAUAUAAAAAUAAUUAUUAAAGAUAUUUGUAUUUUUUUUUUUUUUUUAGAUGAAAACAUUUUUCAAUAAAUAUCCUGAAGCUGGUGCUGGAAAAGCAAGCAGAAAAACUGCACUUGAAGUUGUAUCCAACAAUAUUAAAUGGUUGGAACAACAUGAAGCUUUUAUUACUAACUGGUUAACCAAUUAUAAAUAGAUCUUUUCAUAUUAUUUUUUCACGUUUUAAAUAUUAUUUUUUUAUUAUACAGCACAUUGUUGAUUAGAAUUAGUUAACCUAAACUGGCUAAGCUUAUCUAUAUAAAUUACAUUUUUAAAACGUUAAAAUAUUUUAUUUAUAUUCCAAAUUUGAAAAAGUCAAAAAAAAAAAUCCAAUCUCUAUGUAUAAAUUUAAAUUAUAUAAACAAAAAGUGUCAAAAUUAUAAUUGCAAAUAACUUUUCUUUUUGAUAAACAAUUAAUUCAUAUUAUAGAACAUUGUAUAACUAAAAAUAAUAUAUUUAUCAAUUAUAAUAUUAAAUUAUUUCAAUGACCAAUAAUACCAAUUAAAUUAAAAACAAAUCAUAAGAUAUUUUGCAUAAUUUCUUUUUUAAUCAUAAGAGAUUGGUUUUUGAUAACAGAAAAUGUAAACUUUUAAAAAUGAACAAAUAAAAGUAUUAGACAUUUUUGUGUUAUAGGUCUUCUUAAUUUUAAAAUCUAAUAUAUAUAUACUUAUAUAUUCUCUUAUCUCCAAAGUAUGGAAAAUACUUUGUUUGUUUUAUAGAUUUAGUGAUUACAAUUAAACUAUAUGUUAUUUACCCUCAUAGAGCUCAAGUGUUGUAUAAACAAAUACAGCCAAUAUAUGUAAAAAACCUAAAUCCUAUUUAUCUAUAUUGUUCCUAUUUUUUGUUCAUUGAAGCAAUAUUUUGAAAAAAAAUUCUUAAUUCAAAAGGAACAAAAUAAUGUACAGCUUAAGACAAACUUGACUAUUAAUUUACAAAUCUCAAUAAAAUAAUUGAAAGUAUAACUAUCAAUUCAUGAGGAUAUAUUUUAAAUUAUUGAAAAACUUUAACAUAAAUAAUAAAUAUUUCAGUUGUUUUAAUAAGACAAUAAUUUAUAAAAAAAACAAAGAUGGUAAGAUUGCAUUACAUAUUUAUGAAUGCAAAAUUAUCAAUUAUAUUUUUAAAAAAUGUAAUAUUUUGAAGUUUUGUUGCAGAUAUAUUUAUAGAAAUUUGUACCCAAAUUAAGAAAAAAAAAACAAGUUAAAUAAAAUAAUAAUGUGCAUAUAUUUUUUUGUAAUAAUUACUAAAUACAAUAUAUAUUGCUAAUGUGCUAGAAGCAGUGAAAUAAUGUUUAUAUAUUAAACUAUUCCACUGAUUUUACACAUUACUAGUAUAUUUAAAAAAAAAAAUGUAUUUAUUUAUUUUAAUUAUUAGAAUGUAAAUAUAAUGUUUUACAAACUCCUGAAAGAUCAAGAUCUGAAACUGUUGGUAUACCACCAAGUCGAACUUCAUUAAUUGGUGGUCGAGCAAAUGAAUCAGUUAAUAUACGACGAUCAUUCAUUGGAGGAACUAGUAACAUAUUGAUAGCUGGGUAUAAAAUUGCAAUUACUACAAUAACACAACAUACCCACACAGGUAUAGCAAUUGCCCAAUACUUUUGGGGUAGAUAUGUCAGACCAAUAACCGUUAACCAAUUAUUCGGUAUAAUUGCCCAUGCUAAAUAAACAACAAAUGCCGUUUUAGAAGCUAAAUAUAAGGCAAAUCCAUAAUUAGCCCGGCUUUCGGUCGGAGAUGGUGUGUUUUGACGAGGAGUUUCAGAAGUGUUCAUAGUCGGCUGAUGGAGAUUGAAGUUCAAACUUCUUUACUACUUCAGAUAAAAGUACAUAAAUAUCUAAUAAACUGUUAGAACUUGACCGUAAGAACUUAACUUGUGUAGAUUCAAGCUUCCUAGAA